GCUCCUGUGUCGGAGGGUGGGCGGCUAGGGCCCCGGGACCCGGCUGGGGUCCAGUAUGUCUGCCCAUCGGAAGCACGUGUUUACUGAAAAAGUGCUGAAGAGACUUUUCCCUAAUGAUUCAAGAGGCCAAGAAAAGGAGACGCUUCAAACUCCUCAGGCUUUGGAGACACCAUCCAAGACUGUGACCCCUGAAGCAGUACAGAACAGGCAGGCUCAUAGUCUGACAGAUGGUGACAUUAAGAUUCAGGCUGAGCGCCGGGUCUACACGGUGAGUUUGCCUCCUCAAGGGUAUAUCCCUUGUUUGCCAGAACCGACCAGCUGUGCCAGUUCCGAAAAUGCUUCCAGUGGUGGUGACACAGAAGAUGUGGAUCUUCAUGAUCAACCAAAAAGAAGACGAAUUAGAAAGCGCAAAUCAAAGAAAAAAAUUAAAAACCCCAAUGAUGUUAUUCUAAAGCAAGCAGAAUUAGAGCAACAGCCAGGGCUCUUCCAAGAGAAGGUGCACCCCCAGCAUACAGAUGCCCCCACAAUGAGCAAAAAUAAAAGAAAGAAGCUGAAAAAGAAGCUGCAGCUUAGGAGGAAGAAAGCAGCUGGCUUAGUCGUGAAGGCCUCUGGGGUCGCUUUCACGUACCAGCCCGAGAGCCCCGGGGAGGCAGGUGUGGAUGGUGCUGCAGAAGAAGAGGAAGGAGAUGAUCAAGAGAGCGCAGGUGCAGACACCACCCAGGAAGACGCUGAACUUGCCAACAGCAAGGCAGACAAUGUCUUGAGUUUUCUGAAGUCAACACAAGAAAUUUAUUUUUAUGAUGAUACGUCCAAAGACCUGGAUCCAGCUGUGUGCGCAGAGAGUGCUGAAGAGCUGCUUCACGCCCUAGAGUCUGGGCGCUUGCCUCCUGCAGAUGUGCUCAUUCUGGAUCACCUGAAAUCCCUGCUGCUUCUGCAGGACACAGAGAGGCUGGAGAGCGCCCUGAAGAUGUUCCCAGAGCAUUGUCUGAUGCCUCCAGAACAUGCCAGAGUAAUCUCAGCUUUCUUUAAUUAUUGGAUCACACAGAUUCUUCCUGAAAAAAACAAUGAAUAAAAUUCAGUAUUGCUUAAGAAGAGCUAUCUGUUAUUUAAUGCGAAGAUAUAAAUAGAUAUGAUGUGAACUGAGACUUCAUUCUUGUACUUAAACAUUUUUAUUUAUUUAUUAUUAUUAUCAUUAUUUGAUGAAUCAAACCUUGGAGGCAUUGAAGACAUUUUUACCCUGUUAUUUAUAUCAUCUAAGACUUUAAGUGGGAAAUUGGGGUAAAAUUAAAGCAUUUCACUUGCUUAUUGUUAACAUAUAUAUUGAAUUACUACGUAAAACUAGAAUUUUUUCUGGUGCCUGUAACAAUUAAAAAUGAACAUUUUGUUAAAUAAACUACAUAGUUUGAAGUUCUCAUAUUUCAUUAUAAAUAGCUUGUGUGUGAAAGCCCUCAUGCCUAGGGAAGGGCUCAGCGCAUGCAAACACUAGCGAUGAAGUGUGGUGACUGGAGUUUGAUGCUGAAACCCAAAGCUGCUGUGCGCACCUGUAAUCCCAGCACACCUUCGCCAAGACAGGAGGUGGGAGUGGAAGGAUUUCCUGGAACUUCACCAGCCAGCUCGCCUGACCUGUGUGUGCAGCAGACGGCCAGCUCGCCUGACCUGUGUGUGCAGCAGACGCAAGAGAGAGCCUGCCUCAGCACGCGGAAGGCCAGAGCUCGCUCCUGGAAACCACUCUGAGAUCCACACACGGGUGUGCCCGCACUCCCAGACACACAUGCACACACCUAAGUUAAAACUUUUUUAAAUGCCUUGUGGGUAUCACAGGUCCUUUAUAGGUACCAAAAGUUUAAGUAGCUUGGCUCCAGAAGAAUUUAGUCUCUUCCUACUUACCUACACUAGAAACAGUGGAGAGAAUCUGCUUUUCUCGUUUUCUCCUUCUUGGUGCUCUGAGGACAGCCACCAGCUUUUAAAUGGUGAGUUCUAAGAGUGUUAUCACUCGACCACACAGGUGCUGCAGGUGACAUACUCAGCAGGAGUCCGUACUCGCUCUAUCCACGAAAACAAUAACUUUAUUAUAUCGUAUAAUUCAUAUGAUACAAUGUGAAUAAAAUGAAGUUCAUCACCCAGUCAUUUUGGAGUGGUAGUGAGUCCUCACUGCCACCACUGUGAUUCUUCUCGAGUUCUGUGCCACUGUGCCUAGCUCAGUGUGAACGUUUAGAAAUGAAACACAGCUCGGGCUGCUUGCCCAGGAUAGCCAUGAAUAUAGCCAG